AUGUCUGAGCUUCCCAAGGCCCACCCUGAAGUCACAUGGGCCCAGCGCUCAUCUGCCGACGACGCUGAGCGCAAUUACCUCUACGUAAACAUCAAGGCUUCCGAUGUAGCUCGUGCCGGAGCCACCCUCAACAUUACUCCCACCAAUGUCACAUUCGCCGGUGAUUCCAAGAAGGGUGUUCGUUAUGAAGUCUCCCUGGAUUUGUACGCCGAGAUCGACCCCGAGAACUCCAAGGUGAACCACAGCGACCGUGAAGUUGAGUUGGUCCUGCGUAAGAAGGAGCUGAAGGAGGAGUACUGGCCCCGUCUUCUCAAGACCACUCAGAAGAUCCACUUCAUCAAGACCGACUUCGAUAAGUGGGUCGACGAGGAUGAGCAGGACGAGGCUGCUGAGGAUGACUAUGCGAAUAACUUCGGCGGCUUCGAAGGCCUCGGCGGCGGCGAGGGCGGUGGUCUUGGAAACAUUGACUUCUCCAAGCUCGGCGCAGGCCUUGAGGGAAUGGGUGGCGCUGGUCUUGGUGGUGAAGGUGCUGAGGUCGGCUCGGAUGAUGAUGAGAUGCCCGAGCUUGAGGAGGCUGAUAAGGACGCUGGGGAGUCGGCUAAGUCCACUAAGAUUCAGGAGGUGUCUUAA